UUUUGUAGUAAAAAUAAAUCGUCAGUAGUGAUUCCUUUUUCGAUGAUGAAGUUGGAUUCAAACGUAGUUACCUAUGUGGAGCUUCACUUUGCAUUUUCAAUUGCUUACUGCUCCAACUCCAUAUUUCCUCCAACUUUCUUGUGGUUCAAUCAGAUUAACAUUUUGUUUUAUUUUUUCUGUGUAGAUUGUAGUUGUUAUGUUCUUCGUCUUCCUGAUUGACGCUUCAGUUCUGGUAGAAUGGAAGGACAAAAUGGCUGCAAUAACUCUGUACGAAUGCUCUCUCUGAACUUUGGUGCGAAUGUCAACAUUGUUUCCCAAGCACCUGGUGAUUUUACAAACCAUCACCAUGUUUUGUCUGCUGAUAGAAAUGUAAACCAAACCAACUUCCCCCACUUAACUGAGUGGACUCAGACUGCAAAAACGUCUCCAGCCUUUGUUGAGUUUAUUGCUGAAACUUCAAACUUUCCUCGAAAGGCAUCAACAAAAGAUCUGAUAGCAGUUGUUCCUAAUACUGUUCAAACUAUUAAUGGAGUCUCAGAGCUUCGUGGUGAGAUUUCAUACAAUCAUCUCGCAGGUUCAUACAGUUCAAAAUCCACUGAUUCACGGAACAAUGCACCUGGUAUUGUAUCCAAAUCACGUCCCAGUUCAUCAAGUCGACGAGGCUAUUCAGCUGAUCGUCAACGCAGGAUAAGGAUAGCUGAAAGACUUGAAGCAUUGCAGGAACUUCUUCCUGAGUCAUCAAAGGAAAAUCAAGCAUCUGCUCUAGACGAUGUCAUUGACCAUAUCAAGUACUUACAGCUUCAAAUAAAGGACUUAAGUCAGAGCAAAUUAGGAGGAGAAUCAUCUUCUGAGCCUUUCAUAUUCGUUGAGGGAUAUGGUCAUUACAUGAGCCAUCAAGAGAUGCAGAUUGAGCCUCUUGAGGAGAUGAUGGGAAAAUUGCUGGAAGUUGAUCCGUUAGCUGCAGCUCAACUGCUGGAGAACAAGGGUCUAUUCGUGAUGCCCAUGGAUUUUGUUGAAGGAUUAUGCUGAAGCAUAUGAUCACCCAUGGACAUUACUAUUUGCAACAAUUCAUUCUCGGUUAAUACUUCUGCUUCGUUAAGUCUCUUUGGCUUGUUAAUCACCUGAAAGAAAAGGCAAGCUGAGUAACGCUGAAAAAGGAUAAGUUUUGUUUGUCCGCGGCAUCUAGUUUGAAGUUGAAAAGCCUAUACUCAGAUAAAAGAAUAUCAUGUCUGUAAACUGAUCAAACUUACAUUACUUGUCAUAUGCCUGAAACUUAGCUCGUAUCAGGUAUGCGUGAGUAUGAAUCCAAAGCCUCAUGAAAACACAAAAGUGCUAGGAUUGCCAUGAACAUUACAUGACAGUUCCACUGUUAUAAUCACAAAA